GUUCUCCACUAGCAAUUUCCUAGCAUUUUAUAUGAAUACAUUUCCUAUACAGUCUAAAUGUAAUGUGAGUAUGGAUAACGGAGACAAAGAAACCAAAGUGAAGUUGUUCUAUUCUUAAUUUUACGGUUGUUGUUGUUUUUUAACGCUAGCGAGAGUCCGGAGUGAGUGACGCGUGACUGUUACUCAUAUAUGGGACUGUGUUCGCACGAGCAGUGAAUCCAGUGAGGAUGACACUUCAUUCUCAGCGGCGAGACUCUCGAGAAAGUUGGAAGCUGUACACUGGAGCAUCCAGCGUUGCUUAGUACAUUACAAUACAUGAAGCCAAGCCUCCAGACGCGUUGUUUAGUCAAAGCAAGCAGGAAUACUCCCUGAUGCGCACGAGCUGGGAAAACUUGAUCCUUUUAAUCAAAGUGGGAUAUUAGGAUUGGGGACGGAGUGAGUACAUUGGCUGCGUUACUUUUGAUGUCUCCGAUCAGCACAGCUGUAAAGGUUUCAACUUCCUGUGAUACAGUCACACCAUGCCUGAGGGGGCGGGUCGCAACAGCCAGAAAAAACACAGCAACCAAGCUGCCAAGCGCCCCUCCUCUGUGUCCUCGCUGAGUGGGAUUGUGAGCCGCAUGGCCUCCUCAGGGGGUGCGUCCCGUGGUAGCUGCACCUCUGUUAACACGGUGUGCUCUGACAGUGACCGCGGAGCCAGUCUCAGCUCCUCUGCCUCGUCUGCCUCGCUGCAGGAUGGGCACUCUUCCUCUUCUUCCUCAUCGCUCCCCUAUGGAGCCGUGCCGGCCUACCCUGGGCCACAACGUAAUGGCUCCGAUAUCAGCCUGGACCUCACCCCUCUCUCCCUGCUGACAGGAGCCGGUCCCCUCCCCGCCUCCACAACACCACAGCCCAAACUUACUCGUCUGGAGAGGGUGGCACUGGAGAUAGUGGAGACCGAGCAGGCCUACGUGAGGGACCUUAAGAGCAUUGUGGAGUCCAGCUCAGUAACAGUCCUGCGGGACUGCAUGAAGAAUGAGAGCCUGGUGCGCUUCUUCCAGGAAAGGCAGGCCUCUCUGUGUCACUCAUUGCCUCUAGAGACUUACCUGCUAAAACCAGUGCAAAGGAUUCUAAAAUACCACCUCCUGCUGCAGGAACUGUCCAAACACUUUGAUAAAAGUGAUCCAGGGUAUGAGGUGGUGGAAGAUGCCAUUAUAACCAUGACAGCAGUUGCCUGGUACAUCAAUGACAUGAAGAGGAAACAGGAACAUGCAGUCAGACUGCAGGAGAUUGAGAGCUUGUUGCUGAACUGGACUGGGCCUGAUCUAAGUGGUUUUGGAGAGCUGGUACUUGAAGGUUCCUUCCGGGUUCAACGUGUGAAAAAGGAAAGAGCAUUCUUUCUUUUUGACAAAAUGCUUCUCAUUGCCAAGAAAAAGUUGGAUCAUUUCAUAUACAGCAUUCACAUCUUUUGCUGUAAUCUGCUCUUAGUGGAAAACAUGAAGGAUCCCCUCUGUUUUAAGGUGUCUGACCAAACGAUCCCAAAACAGCAACACAUUGUUCAGGCUAAAAACCAGGAGGAGAAGCGGCUGUGGCUACAUUACCUCAAAAGGAUGAUAGUGGAAAACCAUCCUGCAUCCUUACCCCUAAAAGCAAGGCAGGUUCUUGGUGACAACUUCUGUCAGUCCCCACAGUUUGAUCAGGAGCCAAUAAGAAAACCAAUGCCUUCUCCACGACUGGAUGAUGUUCAUAACUACCACAGAGGAAGAAGGCAAUCAGAGCCACCAGAGUUCAUCUACACCCCAGAGAAAGCCAAGAAAAGCCUUCCACUCCUCCUAGAGGGUAACCUAUCAUACAAGCGUGGGAGGAGACAGUCUGCACCUGCCAAAGAUUUAGAAGCUGCGUUCCAGCAAAGUGGUUCUUUAAAGGCUGGCAGUGAAGGGGAGUUGUGCCCACAGGCUGAUAGCAUGGGCUCUUCAGGCAGUACCAGUACUCUGGCAUCCUCUGUCAUUGAAGUUGAAUCUGGCCGUGAUGAUCUGGCUUUAUGUCAGGAUGAGGAUGACAUGACCCCACUCCCUCCACCACCAACACUGUCCAUUACUGAGGAAAUCAUGCAGUUCAUUAAUGAGAGCCGUGCUCGACAAGGCAUGGCAGAGUUAACGUCUGAAGUGUUGACUCCAGAGUCCCUGGAAGUCCAGCCAUCGGAGGCACAGCAGUUAGAUGAGUACAAACCACUAAUAGCUGAGGUGGAUGAAAAUAAACAUCAGACCAACGAUACCAAAAGAUCAGAGGCAGAAGAAACGCUGGUAUAUGUGUCAGACAAAUGCGAAGACAGCCAUCCAUCAUGUGAAGCAAAUGUUGCUCCACCAGAGGAGCUUGAGGAAGCAUCAUCACUAUUGCAGACCUCCAAAGAAGUGAAUCAAUCAGGAGAGUUGACAUUACCAGAGCCUAGUCAUAGUGAAUCAUCCAACCCAGAAAUGGUGAAGGCCACAGAUGAAAAGGGGAAAAGAGAUACUGAGGAUUCUGUUAGUAAGAGUGAAGAACUUAAUCUAUCUGAUCAUUUUGACAAAACCACUGAUGACGCAGCAUGUGAGGCUAAGUCAGCUUGUGCUCACAUUUCUACUACAUUAAAAGCAACUGAUACCUCUCUUGUCCCCAAAGUAGAACCCGAGCAAAAACUAACCAAAAGUGAUAAGCAGAUUAUUGAGAAGAUACGUAGCUAUUAUGAGGCAGCAGAGGUAGGUGUUGAGGAGGGUCAGACAGCACGAAGAAACAGCUUCUCUCAUAUUCCUGCUGGAUUAGUGAAGGAUUCUGUGUCUCGAUUCAAUGUUUGUGUUCACCAAGACAGUCUAAUUGAGUCUGAGAGUAGCCACUCAGGCUGUGAAACUGACGCAGCAUCUUCAUUACUCCCAACAUCAGACCAAUCUGACCAGAAUUUCAACCAUGAGGAAUCUUCUGAUCCAGCCAUUCCUCUUUCACAUUCAGAUGUUAUCCAAGAACAAAAAGAAUUAUUAAGCAGCAAGAAUGCUGAUAAAACGGAUGAAGACAUUUGUGAGUUCAAUCCCUGUAUGAAACUGUGGAAGGAAAAAGAAAGAACUGGCCAAGACUCUAAAAACAAUCUGAAAGUCUCUUUCUCAAAAGAAAAGAGCUGUGGUGAACAUACAGAUGCUCCUGAGAAAAACAAGGCAUCCCUAAAUUCCACAACAACCCAGAUGCAGCAUAAACAUGAGCAUUCACAAUGCAAUCCUGACAUUUCAGACACAUCUAAUCUGCAGAUGACAGAGACAGCGGAUACAUCUCUUCAGUAUGAAAGUAGAACAAGACCUAGGAUGUCCUCUAGCGGAAAGCUGGAUAGCCUUCCCAGUCAGAUUAAAGUUGGCCGAUGGUCUCGUCAUGGCAAGGUAGUAACGUGUAGCCAUACCCUUUACGAAGGAAUGGAAAAGGUACCAGAUUUAGGAUUUUUUGAGGGUGGACCAGUCAAUCAAUGCUUGGUAGAGAACUCAGAAAAGAUUCUUAAUAAAGUGCAAAUGCUUGCACGCAUGUACACAGCGAAAGCAAGCAGCAUGAAGGUACCACUACACCAGAAGAAAACACGAGUGAGUAGAGGAGCAUGGUCAGUGGAAGGAAAUGAGAGCACUUCACUCAAGUCUCGGCAAGUACAGCUGCACCAGGGGGAUAUGAGAAUACUAAAUCAGCCCACAGGUGAGUUCCUAAUCCAUAUCAGGAAGAAGGAGCCGAGCAAUAAUUCAAAGACUUUGAGCCCACCCUCUACACCACCUGUAGGUGGACCUUCUUUGGAUGAGCUUCCCAGGUUUACUAGCCAAAGGCCUUCCAAUCUACCUUCUGCCACAGGAACGAGAACUCCCUUAACCAACUGGAAUCCAUCAUCUCCAGCCACUCAAAGAGUGCCACAUACUUCACUGCGGACCGAGGAACAGAUUCAGGAUACUUCAGCUCCUGGCCUUUCUCCUCUCAGACAGUCUUUCUCCCAGGCUCUUAAUGACAAGCCUUCAAACAUUCCUUUUGGUUGUGGACUUCCAUUAGAUGCGAAACCACUGUCUGCCUUUAGCCCAAACCUGCGAAUGCGAUCACCCUCUCCAAAUAGAAGUGCCCAGAACUCCAGACUGUCCUCAACGGCCUCAGCUCAUACAAAGUCUCUUGCUGCCUCUUGUAUUAGUCAGACAAUUUCUCAAACCAUGGCCAAGAGAAGUGCACAUCUUCAGACUGCUUCCCCACCUGUGAGCUCUGCUCCUUUGCCCACAUCUUCUUUAAGGCUAAGGUCACCAUCACCUAAACCCAUCACCUUGGACUUAAGUGCGGAGUCAGGUUUUAGGAGUACAUCCAGCACUGGGGUAGGGAGUCAACCCCUAAGGUCUUGUCCAUCCCCAUUCAGAUCAAACAGUCUUCGAUCUAGUCCAUCAACAGUUCAGUCCCCUCCUCCUUGCCUUAGUCAACGGUCAAUAUCCCCUGCACCUCCAGUUAGCCUCCAUUCAGCUGCAUCUGCUAACAGCCCAAACUCUGCUGCUCUUGAACAGCCUUCUUACACCAGUUUAAAUGGUAAUAAUAACAAUAACAACAGUUUAAGUAAUAACGGGUGGGCCACUAACCACAAAACAACACCACACUCAAAUGUGGGUGGACUCCCUCAUUUCCAUGAUCCUCAAAGAACAACCUUGCACAAUAGGGUGGCUCGUCCCUUUCCGUCCUCUGAGCCUAGCUCUUGUGUACAGUCCCCUUCUAUUUGCCCAUCUCCAGUCACCCAAAUCUGCUCCCCUCCACCUGCUCCAAACCACUCCAGUCAUCUGGUAACAAAGCCACCAAAUCCCAGAACCCCCAGACAAGGUAGCUUUUUUACCCCUCUAUCUUUGGAAAUCUCAAGAUCAACAUCAGCUAGCUCAUUAUCUCCCUGUGAGAGCCCCAGAAUCACCUCGCCACCUCCUAUUGGCAUUCCUGCAAAUGUAUGGGGUGUUGCUAAUCCGCAGCCAAGGAAUCCCUCAAUAACAAAUGCAUCUUCUCCAACAAAAGUGGAAACAAACUCUAGAGGCCCCAGAAUCAUCUCUCCUACCCCAAUGGGAAUGUCUUCAUGUUCAGCAACCAGCUCGCAGAGCCAGAGGAGGCUUCGAGGAACCAGUUUGUCCUUUGUUGCUCUAGGGGACAGACCACCCAGUCCAACUAGACAUGAACGCAGGUCUUGGGCAGAAAGUGGACGAUGGUCAGUGGGUUCAGAAUUGGGGUUAAUAAGUCCUCAUGGGGGUUCAUACAGUGGCAGCCCAUCUUCUAUCAGCCCUGGCCCUCUUUCACCUGUCAGACUAACAACUGAAAGGACCAGUCAUAGCGGAAAACAUUUCUCAAGCAUUGCCUGGCCAGAUGUACAUGAUAUGUUGACAAAAUACAAGACAGAGCCCAAUACUGAAUCUGAUGCUUUGUCCUGCACUGAGACAGAGAAAGAUGACAUAGAGAUUUCAGAAUCUACUUGUCGGAGCACCCUGAUCUGUCCCUAUGUCGCACCUGCUAACCCAAAUAUGAGUCCCAUUCAGUGUCCAACCGAGGGCAAAACAGAAGAUAGUGUUCCUAAUCAAGGGUCCAAAACAACAUUAAAAACCAGUUAUGCCACCACAGUCAACUUGCAGAUUGCCGGGAGUGGGAGGAUAGCAUCCUUUAGCAAUGCACAAGUCAGCCUGACUCAGACACUGUCCCCUGUGGCAGACAGCCAGAGCAGGAGAAGGGUCAGCAUCAGCGGGAAGAUGUUUUCGGCCUAA